CUGUGUUUUUAAUUUUUGUAAAUCUAUUUACUGUGACUUUAAAUGUAUCUUUUAGUGUUAUUUCUAAGUGUUUAAAACUGUAUUACCCACAAUGUUCUACAGGUGGCGCAUUUUGGCACACGAUGCAGAGCCUUCAAAGGCGGCCUCAAAAUGGCACCGGGUAGUCACGUGACGAGCUUUUGACCAAUCAUAUAGAAGAUCUUCUGGCCACAGUCUCUCUUAUUGGCCAGAAUCCCCUCAGUGAAUAUUGGGCGCCAUAUUGAGGCAACUACGAAACCAAGUUGGCCAUACAAGAUGGAUAAGAACGCUGUUCCUUAUAAUACCCAGGAGUCAGGGCAGAGGAGCACAGAAAGUGAUAGAGGAGAGGCCUUUACUGGAAAGCAGGCUCCUGUCCAACAGUCCAAUGAUGAUGUCUGUGCUGUGGUAUUUUGCAGCGGGGCUGGCGCUUUGCACCAAAAACCCAGCUUGGGCUUUUGAAAUCUUCUCCACCAAGUUAGACCAUUACGCAGUCAAAGAAUCAAACGUCACGCUUUCCUGCAAAUUCACACAAGACAUCGAUGACAUCUCAAACAGAAUUAUAAUUAGGUGGUAUUUUAAGUCUCCAGAAGAAAAGAAGACAGAGAUUUUAAUGUAUCAUGGAGGCCAACUUGAUAUUGACCCAAACUACAGCAGGGUUCACUUCACAACUCCUGAACCCGGCCAUGGAGAUGCUUCCAUAGAGAUUAGUGACCUGCGUAUGUCAGAUGAGGGGAUCUACCAGUGCAGCCUAGAGUGCCAGCUGAAUGUGCGUUCUGCGAUCUUCACAAUCCUAGACCAGAACAUGAACCUGAAAGUCAUGGAGAAGCUGAGCGCACCAGUUUGUGCCAUGGAAGGCGAUCCUGUGUGGGGCAAUGACGUGACGCUCCAAUGCGAAUCCUCACAAGGAACCCCCCCGCUGAAUUACAGCUGGAAAAAGAUAAGUGAAAGAUUGGCUCCUAACGCCAGUGGGGACGCCAUAGGAGGGAACUUGACUGUAAAAAGGAUCUCCGAGGACAACUGUGGAAGCUAUCGCUGUACGGUGGGAAAUCUGGUUGAGACCCAACUCUGUGAGAUCCUACUAUCGUGUCCAAAGGCACCAGUGGUGGCGAGAAGAAACAACAAAAUAAAAGUUAUCACUGCAGCAACAAUGUCAAUCUUUAUCCUUUUGGUGGUUAUUGUUGUCAGUGCUUACGCAAGAAACAAAACUGAACAAUAAAGAGUUA